CGCACAUUGAUCCCAGCCCCUUCAUAGUGUUCAAUAACACACCCGUUUGUAACUCGUCCAGAUGUUGCCUUACUCACUGCCUUAGUAGUAGCACCUCAUCCACGGGCAUGGCACAUGCCAACCGCUCCGCUGCGUUACCAAAUCCAGCAUCAGCGUACAACGUAAGAGAUCUCUACUCUGGAUCGAGGCCAUCCUUUGGAAGACCAACGGAGCACACGAGAUCUCCUUCUUUUGCAGCGCCUUUGCGACGCCAUCCCCUAUCUCCAACUCCCAGUCCCAGUAUUAGCUUCACAAGCCCUGUCAGAAUGGACACUAGCCAGUAUGGAAAAUCCGGUGGAUCGCAUAUCCCUCCGCUUCUAGCAAUGAGCACGAACGGCCAGCUAGUGUACAGCGAUUCCGGGGCGCCCAUCAAGAUUGAUAUCCACGGAACUAUCGACAAAGGAUUCUUCAUGUCAGAGGGAGAUUGGACGUGCUACAGGAGGAAUUACUUCUCCUGCAUCUGCUCAUACAGUUUGUCGCCAUAUUCACCCAACACGACAAUGCAGUAUGUUCCCAGCGGAUCGUCAACGUCGUAUCAAGUAUUUGGGUUUGCGAUGUGCAUUUCUGCCGUGGUCUCCGACAGCGACUCGCACACAAUUGACUUGGUGCAGCAUACACCAAAGAGAGAUAAAGGACCGGUACAGAAGCCCGAGAAAGUUAGACUUACGCCGAAGCAGCCACAGCAGACACCGCAUCCACUACUAUAUCAAGACCAUCACGCUAUGCCCGGAGGUUCGAGACCCUUGUACGAAAGUGGUUAUGGGCAGAGCACGCAGGGGUCCUACCCAAGCGAACACACGUUCGAAAGGAUCCAAUUUAAGCAGGCGACGGCAAACAAUGGUAAACGAAGAGCGGCUCAGCAGUACUACCAUUUAGUUGUAGAGCUAUAUGCAGAUGUGGGAAAUCAAGCCCAAGACCAGUUUAUGAAGAUCGCAUCACGGAAAUCCGCAAAGAUGAUUGUACGAGGGCGCUCCCCUGGGCAUUACCAAACGGAAAGGCGUGGGAGCACUAGUAGCGGACCCGGUGGAUCAAGCGGGAUGGGCGGUUACUCCGGAUCGCAGGUGUUAGGGCCAGAUUACGGCAGCUCGGGCGGUCCUUCGCUUCUUCCAGGCUCGUACGCUAGCGGCGGGGCGUACGAUCCACGAUCGGGGCAUUAUGGGGGGACUCGCCAUCACGAGCUACCAGCGGAGCCGAUUAUCCCGACCGAGGAAGCCAAGGCUAUCGACAACACGAGGGAGUAUCAAUACUAUCCCGCGCCUAUCUACGAAGGUACCGAUUCGAGACAGGGUGUUGAGAUGUUCUCUCACCGAGGCGAGCCGGACAGCCUAAUGACUUCAGCCCCACCAGCGGGAGACUCGAGCUCGUCGAAAGUCAAACACGAAUACGAAGGUCCCCUUCCGAGUAUUCUAUACAAUCCCGGAAAUGCUUACUACCGGGGCUGCAGUCGAUUUGAAGGGAAGCCAACAUCGACAGGUUAUUACCCAACCAUGCCAACCAUGCUUCCACAAUCUGGGUGAUACGAAUAUUGUGUGGCAUAGAGAAGUGUACUCGGCCGCAUCCUGGCUGGUAUACACAAUAUAUUUCCUUGGCAGAUUCCCGUCACCUGCGUUAAGUGUUAAG